UCCAAUUCGGCCAGAUGUCAGCUGGACCUCAUGUAAUAUAACGCAAUAAAGGGAUGACACAAUCUUAUUAGAUGUCUAAAAUCUUGUAUAUUAAACAGAACACAUCAGUGUGAAACAAAUAGUCUUAGUUGAACUUUGAACGAAAAUGUCCCUGGCUUUGAAAUUAACGUGUUUGUGUAUUUUUGUCGGGAUAGUUCACGCAUUGGAGAAGCCAUGCUGCAUCAGCAACAAAUGGUUUGGUAAAAUAAAGACGACAACAGCAUCGUUAAGAAACGGAAGCACAAUUCCAACAGUUACAGACAAUAGAGUUAUGAUAGACCAUGACUUUGAUAUGAAAAUGGAACGGAUCUAUGGCAGUAUUCAUUCUGACGGCCCCACUGGAAUGAUGGCAUCAAACUAUACAGUUUACAACGACUAUAUGAAUGGUAAAAGGUAUGUUUUGAAUGAUGUGGGAAAUUAUUGCAACGUUACAAUGCUGGAAGCUGGAGCAGAAAUAAGCAAGACCUGUGUACCAAGUACUCUGCAGUGGGCAGCAAGGUACACGUAUGGAUCCGGUUCUGAGGCUUUACAUGUAAAUUCCUGGGAGGGAAUGUAUGAAAACUUUUACUACAGCAUUCAAACUGCAGUCAACGAUUGUACACCUGUAUCUUUGACCCGAACGGGAAUGAAUCCAGAUGGUGAAAGAAUAGUAGAAACUGUACUGUAUGUCGACAUUGUCCAGGAUCGACUUAGCGGUAAUGUAUCAGAUGUGUUUAGACUACCAGACGCUUGCAUGACGGUUGGAGUACCUAUCGGAAAGUAA